AUGUACAGUCGUGGGUGCCGGAUUGCUAUCGACGACCUUGCUCUCAGCACACCCCCACAGACAUUUGGACGAAUUCCACGAUCCGACCACGGGCGAAGGCGGCGGCGCCGGCGGGGGAUAUGCGCCGACGGCGUAUUUCGGCACUGGGUCUGGCUCGGAGGCGAGGAUGGCUCGGGCGAUGUCUUGAAGAAAGUGUGUUGUCUGGGAUAUAUCAAUCGAUUAGAUUACAGCCCCAUCAAGGCACGCCUCGCGUUUAUAUUGAUUGGUGCAUGCCGCACCCCUCGAUUAUUGAACCCAUCCAUGAAUGGAGUACUCCGUACGGAGUACGGCGUAACGGGAGAACCUAGUCUACCUAACCUAGGUAAAGACGGUGGAGCGACAAUGCGAAUUCCAGUGCUCCGUUCGGAGUACGGUACUCUGAGCAGAGAGAACCCGAGGAUUGAUGCCACCAUCGAGCUUGCUGAGACACCCGAGAUAGGCAUCCCGCUUCGUUGA